GAAAAAACAAAAACAAAAGAAAAUUUUCGAUUAAAUAUUGCAACGAGAAAUAGUACCAUAAUUCGACCUUCGUCUUCUCAAUUUGAAACGAAGCCAUGACUAAAUUUUACAUUUUGUGUUAUAGAAAUAAUAAAUUAUCAUAAAUCUACAUAAAUACGAGAAAUAAUGUGGUAGAUCAAUUUUUCAACAAUUUUUUGUCAUGGAAAUAAUUUACGUUUAAAGAUUCUCAUAGAAAAGGAGUUUCGAAAAGAUGUUUUGGAUUUGGAGAGAAUCGCAGUUCCUGAAAAUGCAGAUGAUGUUUCUAAAGAAUGUGAGGAAUCGCAGCAACGUUAAUUUUCAUGGACAGCGACACGUAUUGACGGUGAGUACAACAAGAGGCGUUCCUAGUACAAGUACAGACUUGAAGGAGGCUUUGUGUGAAAAGAUUCCUAUACAUUAUGAUCUGUUGAGAAAUUUUCGUCAACAACAUGGAUCGUCAGUCAUCAGCCAAGUAACCGUAGAAAAUAUUUAUCAAGGAUUAAAUGGCGUGAAUACUAUUGUCAGAGAAACUUCUGAGACUGAUUCAAAAUAUGGGAUCAAAUAUAGAGGAUUAACUAUACCAGAAGUUAUUACACUCUUACCUCGAGAAGGAAAGUCACCAAGUGCGGAAGCUGUGUUUUGGUUACUGUUAACUGGUGAUGUUCCAACAAAAGAACAAACAGCAUCGUUGAUCGCUGAUUGGUCCAUACGACGCCAGAAAAAGAAAGAUUGGUGGUCAGGACCAGGUGGCGGGAUUGUGGGUUCCGUACUUCAAAAUCUACCAAAAACAACGACGCCUCUUGGAAAACUAUCGAUAGCACUCACCGUUUUUGAGUCUGGCAAAUACAUACAAGAAGCUUUAAAAAAUGGCGCUUUAAGCUAUACUCAUUGGGAAUAUACAUAUGAAGAUAGUAUGGAACUAUUAGCAACGCUACCAGCAAUAGUCGGUCUAAUCGCUAAAGGAGAAUUAAAGAAUUUGAAAGAAGAUACUGGUGAUUGGGUACAAUUUCUAUCAGAAUGUUUAUAUAAUACAUUUGAUAUUUCGGAAUAUCAAAAAAAUUCAUUGGUGGAUUUUCUUCGACUAUAUAUUGUUUUGAACGCAGACGAAAAUGGUGGAGUUCCUAGUGUUCAUAUUACAGAAAUACUUGGAGCUUCUCAAUUAUAUAUCAAUCAAGCUCUUGCAGCAGGAGCCUUAGCAUAUACUGAUGAACCUAAGAGUGGCACAAUGUCAGAAUAUAUGGAAUUCCAUUCAAAAAUACAACGACUUUUUGGCCAUGAAUCGAAAGAAGAAAAAUUAAGAAAUUAUAUAGCUACUUUGAUUAAAAGGGAAAAAUUAGCUGGUUAUCAAGAAACAAAAUUUUGUGACCCAAAAUAUACCGCAUUGAUAAAUUAUACGAGAGAACAUUUGCCAAAUGAUCCCAAUGUAAAGUUAUCACAAACUCUCACUCAAAUACUUACUAUGAUAAUGAAAACAGCAAAAGGAAAAGAUAUUUAUCCUGAACAAAAUGCAAUUGCUGCACCUAUUUUUCAGUUUUACGGAUUAAAAGAUAUGAAAUUCAAUCAAGUAUUAUUGUGUAUGUCGCGAGCGUUGGGUGCAAUUGCAUCGAUCAUUUGGACAAAAGCAGUUAAUGCUCCGGUCGAGCAUCCGGUAUCUAAAUGUACUCAUACUUAUUCAAAUUCUAUUCAUGGGAUACGAGGAAAACAUAAACGAGGAAAUCAUGUAAAGAAUACUCGAAAAUAAAUUUUAUUAAAUUCUAUAUUAAAUCAAUAAUAUUGUCAAGUAUAGUAUUAUAUAUAAUUUUGUGAUAUAUUUUAAUAAUGUAAAUUUUUUUUACUAAAUUUUAAUGAAAUAAAUAAAAUAUAUUAAUUUUAAAAACUA